UCUAUUUGCUUUGUGUGUGAUUGUGUGCUAGUUAACCCACGAUAUUCCGCCACAGUGGGCAUGUGACAUUUUGAGCUUUUUAGUUAGUCACUGCAUUUCAUGUAAAUUAGAUUCUGUCGGGUAACUAGUAAAUUGAAUCAAGUUGGAAAAAGAUGCACCAAUAUGCGGGGUUGAACAUUCUUGAAAAACAGUUAACUUGUAUAUUUAAGUUCAAAUGAAUUCUAGUGAUUAAUGAACAUGGUAAUAGAUAGUAACUAAAUGGUUAGUGAUAUAUCAAAGCUUGUACUCAGUUUUCUAUUCCAAAAUUUGUAAAGUAUUGUACUUCAGAUAUUUAAGUAAAUGUUUUUCAACUUAGGGCUUCUCGGUCCUUAAAUCAGAUAAUCCUUGUGAUGUGGGUAGUUUGUGGAGCAGUAUGGCUUUCUACCUUUUCAGUGUGCAUGUUCCUUUGAGUUUUGGCGGCUUGUCUGCUGUUACCAGUAUAUUGCAUUGUUCAGCUCUUGAUCCACAGACCGAGGCAUUGUCUUUAGUUGUACUUCAGAUGUUAGAGCUUAUGGGCGUGCUACUUCUUUUAAGAUAUCCUGGGAAGCCCCAAUACAAGCUUCGUGAUUUCUUUCAAGAGAAGCAAUCAGCAAAAGAAAGGAACUGGUUAUUUGCGUCAGCUCUUGGCUUUGGGUUCCUGGUUCUGUUGGUUUUCACCACUUCCAUUAUUGCUGACUGGUUGAUAGGUACCAAGGAAGUCAACAAUCCAAUCUUGAAGGAAAUUCUUUCGAGUGGACCAAUCUCGAUAACAUCAUGCAUCCUGGUCUACUGUAUCAUCACCCCCUCGCUAGAAGAAAUUGUGUACAGAGGGUUCUUCUUGACUGCUCUUUCCUCCACAAUGAAAUGGCAGCAAGCAGUCAUUGUUAGCUCAGUUGUUUUUAGUGCAGCUCACUUCUCUGCUGAAAAUUUCAUACAGUUGUUCAUCAUAGGUUUAAUCCUUGGAUGCUGUUACUGCUGGAGUGGAAACUUAAGGUCUUCUAUUAUAAUUCAUUCAUUGUACAAUGCAUUAACCUUAUUAAUAACAUAUGCAUCAUGAGUAGUUGGUUUUUGAUAGCAAA